CACCGUCUGGGAUUGGUCAGUUGAGGGCGAGAGUCCCAUGGUGUGUGACGGGUGACGGCUAUGGCCGUUGAUAACCGCUCAACCUCGGCCCUAUUUAAAAGGGCCGAGCAGUUAAGGCGUUGGCAGGAUAGUGAAACGAAUAAGACAGAUGUAACAGUCAAUAAUAGGAAUACUAAAGUCAAUUUCAGUGACGGCUGCAUCUUUCUAGCAGCUUGUGCUGCGGGCGACAAACAAGAAGUGCUUCGCCUCUUGGAAAAAGGUGCCGAUAUAAACACGGCCAAUGUGGACGGCUUAACGGGCCUUCAUGCGGCGUGUAUAGAUGAUAACAUCGACAUGGUGGAGUUUUUGGUGAAUCAGGGCGCCGACGUCAAUCGGGCAGACAUGGAAGGCUGGACCCCACUCCAUGCAACCGCCUCCUGUGGCUUUAUCAGUAUAGCAAAGUUCCUAAUAGAUAGGGGUGCUGACCUCUCCAUUGUUAAUAAUGAUGGUGAUCUACCGUUCGAUAUAGCGGAUUCAGAAGAAAUGGAAAGUUUAUUAAAAAAGGAAAUAGAAACUAGAGGUAUUGAUUGUGAUGCAUCAAGAAAUGAGGAGGAACGUAUGAUGUUGGAGGAUGCUCAGAGGUGGCUUGCUGCAGGGUUCUUGGCUGACAGACCACAUCCAAAGACAGGAGCAACAGCGUUACAUGUGGCUGCUGCGAAAGGUUAUUCUAAAGUUAUGAGUUUGUUGUUAGAAGCAGGCUCAGAUAUCAAUGCGCAAGAUCUUGAUGGUUGGACUCCACUUCAUGCAGCAGCGCAUUGGUGUCAGAGAGAUGCUGUAGAAAUUUUAUGUGAACACAUGGCUGACAUGGACAAACAAAAUUUUGUGGGUCAGACUGCGUACGAUGUUGCCGAUAGUACUUUAUUACUAUUGAUGGAUGAGCUGAAGAGGAAACAAAAGGCACUUAAAUUAGUUAAUACAAAUAAACAGCAGGUUCCAAGAAAACGGAAAACUUCACCCCACCGAGAACACAGCAAUAAGAAGGAGAGGGAAGACCUGCGGGAAUCAGACGGUACGUCAGAUGAUGAGUCUUCGUCAGAUGUCGACGAUGAGGAGAGUAGUGAGGAUACUACCAGUAGUGAUAGUAGUGACUCCUCAGAGUCAGAUAGUGAAGAGGAAGAUGAUAAUGAUGAUGAUAGUGCGAAGGAGAAUGAGGAUGGUGGUUUAUCUGGUAGUUGCACUCGUGCGCUUAGCCCUCUGCAUUAUUUAGUUGAAAAGAAGAAUAAAGUUAAUAAAGAAAAAAAUCCACAGAUUAUCCCCACUAGUCCGGAUAAAAAUAAUACUCGGACAGUUCCUCAGGCCAAAGGAGAAAAUGCCAUGGAUGAAUCAGAGGUACAGUCUUGGAGAAGACCGUCUUCCCUUAGAAAACCACUUCAAGACGAUAAAAACCAAGAAGUAUCCCGUACUAUAUCCACACCAACACGUGUUAAUAAUAGAGAAAGUGAAGAUUUGACGGGUAAGAGAAUAAGCCUGCCGGAGAAGGAUGAAAGCUCUUUGAGCGCCACCCGAGAGAGACUCAAGGCGCGGUCAUGCCCGGUACUCAGUCAGUUGGAGGAGGAGGAAGUGAUAGGUGGAGGAGGAGGUGGUGGUGUAGGAGGAGGGGCUUGGCCUCAAACUAGACCUCAUUCUCGUGCUGAAGGAAUCCCAACUCCGCGUACAUCAUCUUCUUCCACAUCCCCCUUAAUUCUAUACCAAAGACUGUCAUCAUCUGAUCUUAAUAUUCCAAAUGUUCAGAAUAUGUCUGAUCUCACUCAUUCAUCAUCAUCUGUUAAUGUAACAAAUCAUCAACUCAUAAAAACAACAUUUACACCUUUAUGUACAAGUAUGACUUGCAGUUCUACUAAGAUAAACACUAGUAUAGCCAAAACUAAUUUAAAUUCGUCGUUUACUCCCAUGCUUACUCACACAUCCGCAUCAAGUGAUUCUUUAUUGUCUACUGGAAGUAUUCCAUCAUCAACCAGUGUGACUUCAACCAUUUCAUCAUGCUUGAUGCAACCUGGUUCUACAAAUCUCCAUUCAUUACAUAAACCUUUAGGAUCUUCCAUGUCAACCCCUAUACUUUCAAGUUCAAAUACACAUGUCUCAUCUUCUAUCCCUACCUCUGUAUCCCCCUCCUCUACUACAAUCAUCACCACCUCCACCACCACUACUGGCCUGGCAUCUCUCUCUACUAACCAAUCUACUAACAACAAGGACCCACGGCUGCUGGCAAGGUCCGCCUCCCUCAGAGAACGUAUCCAAAGGAACCAUGUGGACAGCAUGGCCCGUGUAACUUCAUUACAAGAACCACUAGUCUCUACCAAUUCAGUCCUAACCACCAACACCUCACAACCUGUCCGCUCAAUUGGAAGCAAUGUGACCACCCUCACGACCAACGGGGGGCUGACCACUUCUAUUCCCCCUCCUCCUAAAACAGCUCCAACCUUGACAAUUCAAACAAAACUGCCUAAUACUCCUUCUCCAACUUCCCCCACAGCUCCUUCUAUACCUGCUGUAUCACCUGUUUCAGUAUCCUCAGCACCACAGACAUAUCCUUCACAAAAUCCUCCUUCUCAUAACCAGUUAUCUCUAAACCUUUCACCACAGAAUUACCCUCCCCAAAACCCCCAGCAGGGCUCUCCUGUGUCUCCAAAUCCUCCUUCUGGACAGCCCCCUGCAGCAUCCAAAAUGACUCCAGGCAGUGUCAUAAAGAAUUUCUUCAACCUGGUGCACUCGUCUAGGUCGUUUGUGCCGCCAAGUCGUGACGAGGAGAGUGAAACCCAGCGAAAGGCUCAUGCAAAGAUGGUGCGGUCAACGCGAAGGUCUACGCAGGGUGUAACUUUAGAAGAUAUUAAAUCAGCCGAGCAGCUCAUGAAAAAUAAGCAGCAACAGGCAUCUACAUCUAGUCCAGAGUCAAGAGAGUCCUCAGCGUCGACAGUUUCCAUGUCAGUCCCACAAGGCUCUACCACCACGACAACUACCCCAUCGUCACCAAAGCCAGCAUCUCCUACAAAAUCUGAAGAUGAAGAAAGGCGUCCAUCCUGGAGAUUGAAAGUAGAUGAUGCUGAUAAAACCAAGUUUUGCCUUGAGAAUGUGCGAUCAAAAGACAAACAGGAAGAUAAUGAUUCUGAUACGCAAACUGUAACAGUUCAGCUGCGAAAAAAAAACACAGAGGACAAGGGUGAUGAAGACCAGAAAGAUAAUGAGCGAAACUCACAAACGCGAGAAGGUACCCAGGCAGCAAUACAGCGACGGAAAAAACCAAAAAGGCGAUCAACUGGUCGGGUUCAGGUCAAUAUGGAUGAAAUUGACCCUGAGAAGAGAGCUCAGCGUUUAGCAGAACAGCAGCAGCAGCAACAGCAGGAUGACAACAGGAGUGAUGAUGGCGAGGAGGAAGAUGAUUCGGUAAGUGUUCUGCCACAUAAUGUUGUGUCUGGUCGCUGCCUAUUGUUGCAAGAGGUAAGUACCAUCCCUGAUGACGGUAUUGGAGAGUCUGUGAGUGAAAGGGGAGAUAGCAAAGGCCCAACCUCAUCUCAUGGAUCUUCUGCUGUCAACAGCAGGCCUUCAUCCAGGGGCUCAUCUCUUGGACCAGAGAAUGGAGACAUUGACUACAAAAAGCUUUAUGAGGAACAGCUUGAAGAAAACUUCAGAGUUCAUGAACGGCUACGUGGCACAGAGACUGAGUUGCGGUUGGCCAGAGAAGCUAUUGAAACAAACAAUAAAAAGAACAACACCCGCCUUGCCAUGGCAGAAGCAGAUAAGCGUGAAAAACGGGCUCUGGAACGCAAACUAUCUGAAAUGGAAGAAGAGUUGAAGCAAUUACAAAAGCUAAAGGCUGAAAAUGAAAAGUUGAAAGCCGAAAACCGAGCCUUGACUCGGGUGGUGUCCAAAUUGACCAAUUCAGCCACAGCAGGCAUGGGUAACUUGGCCUCCUUGAGCAAAUAGUUACUGGAACACUUGAAACAGGAGAAUCAGCGGCUGAAGGAUGAGAAUGGAGCGCUCAUACGGGUGAUAAGCAAAUUAUCCAAGUAGUGUACAUGAUGAAAUGCCAGUCUUGCAACUGGUUAUACAGAGCAUUGACACAAAGUGAUCAUCUUCAUUGUCACCAUGAAGACUGUACACUCAUUCCAGACAGGAUAUCAUCAAACUCAUACAGUAUAGAGAGUCCUUUGUUGCUUUCAGGUGUAACUAGGAAAAAUACUGUAUUAGAAACUCAGUAGGCAUGUUGCCAAAAGGCAUAGUUGAGGUCUUAGCAUUCAUAACCUCCUGUUGCCUAUGUAAAGCUAAGAGAAUGUAGUAAUGAGAUUUUUUAUCUACUUAGCCCAAAUAUAAAUGAUGUAGGUGUUUGGUUUUAUGCCUCAUUGAAGGAAAGUGUUUUUGACAUUUUCCAAAACAAAAUAGUUGUCUGUAUUCAAGUACUUAAGAAAUGAUUAGACUUUACAUACAUGUAGUGCUCUUAAAUGACUGUGAGCACUCACAAAUUAUUUUUGUGAGGUAUGAAAUUGCCUAAUUAUCACCACAUCAUAGUACAGUUUAGUAAUAACCUGGGAGGCUUUUAAAAGUCUAUAUUGUGUCUCCUGUAUGAUGCUGACACUCUCAUUCUUUUUUUUCCUUAUAGCAGUGGUGAGAGUGCAGCCUUUUCUUUGUACAGAAAGGAUGCCAUGGCAUUUUUCUGUAAGUUGAAUUUUAGAUGAAUAUCCAUAGCGUCAUACUCUACAGAAUCAGUUCUGAGGACUAGACUACUCUUCUCUCUCUUUCAUUGGGGGUAGCACAUCCUUCAAGCUAGACCAGCUUUCUUUCUGUCUAGCUUGUUUGGAAAAAAUCCCAGUAACACACUUGGCCAGUGGCUCCACUUUUCUUGUAUGUGUUGCUCCAAUUGCAUAAGCUUUUUGCAUUCUCCCUAAAUUGUAUUUUUCCUCUGUUCUUGUUAAAAUUGCCAAUAUAGCAUGGCAGUGAAGUGUGAAAGGAUAUAUAACCUUAUUUGGCUAGAAGGAUGAACCUCAUCUGCCUGUGACAUACUUUCGUUUUGGCCCAGGUCAGUGUUGCUUUUGCUGUGCCCUUGCUUCUGUAAUAUUUGCUUGUAUGUCAUCCUUGGUCCCAGCUAUGGAGAAGGAGCUGUACACCUUUAGAGGUUUAGGAAAUGAUGUAAAUGUAUUGUUAUUUAUUUGAAUUACUAGUUGUGCAUUAUACAGUAUAUGAAAAUCAUUGCAUUAUCAGUAGGUGUAGGUAACUGAAGGACACAUGGACCAGUGUGGAAUUUAAACCUGCUGAUGGUUUUCGUAAUUGUGAUUUCUCGGUUUCAUUGACUAGGAAUAUGAUAAUCUGCUUGGGCACAAAAAAAAAUGCAGUCAGUGCUUGAUUACGUAUAUGUUCAGAAUGUUACUUUGUUUUAAUGUAUGUAGUGAAUAAAAAAUAACUGCUGUGCAGUAAUUACUCUGUGAUCGAGAGUGAGGAUGCGUUAGCCAGCAGCCUGAAGUCUUACCAAUAGUUAAAUUAAUGUAAAUAGUUCACGUUAAUUUUUUUUUAUGUCAUAUAGAGCAGUCAGUGUUACAAGGUUUAUUGCUUUGCUGUAGGAACUAAUAUUUCCCAUGAUUAUCAACUUUAAAUCAUAUCAUAUAUAUAAAUAUAUAUAGAGAGCAUUAAGAUUACCAAUUACAUAUAAGGAUACCUAUUGUAUCUGCUGUUCAUUUCAUAGCAGUUUUGAAUGACAGUGUAUGUACAGUACUUUUGCCAAAUAGUUUACUAUUUAUAGCAACAGAAAGUGUCUCACUUUUAUAUAUUAAAUUUCUAACACUUUUCUCAAAGAGGUGCUUGGAUCAUACUUGAAGUCUGUUUAAUAAACAUUUUCUUCUUUUUCAGAGUUAUAAUUACUGUUGUGGUAAACAAUAAUGUUGUUUAAUCACAUUCAGAGUUUGCAGAGUUUAUGCUUGUAACUAGACUCUCAAGCUCUUUUUGUUUUACAGCCUUUGCACUCUUCAAGUAAAGCAGUUGAAAUUUGUAUGGUAUCAGUAAAUUUGUAAAUUUUCCUGAUAAGACUUUCAGUGUAAGUAUAUUAAAAAUGGUUACUAAUACAUUUCAAAUUGUUUUAUUGUAUCUUGGAAACAUUUUUCAUGGGUAGGUCGCUGUUGGUCAUACUUUUAGUGACCAUACUCCUUUUUGUCUAAAUGCAAUAAAUCAUAAUCAUGAGAUUAGUUCAAAAGUCAUUAAUAGAAUGAGUGUUAUGUGAGUAUUACCAUUAAAUUAUGAUGUGUAUGGAAAGCAUGUUGCACAAGCAAUGACUGAAAUGAAAACAAAGUACUAUUUGUAUCUGCUUUGUGCCUUAUCCUAGCUGCAGAUACUGGUAUCAUUCUACUGCCAUAUUUACUGUUUUUUGCUUCCAGUUUGUAGACAUGGCUUUAGAUAAUUUGGAUAUGAUCAAGACUGUAGGAUAAUAAGAAAGAUUCCUUACCCUUUUCUUAACGCAUUGUCACAAUAGCCAUGUUGAACGGAAUCAAGAUAGUCAUCAUUCUGUAGAAGUUGCCUUUGAGUCUGAUCAAAAUAUCCAACGAGAUUCUGUGCCUUUUUUUGGUAGUUUGGAGAAAAGCUCAUUAGACUGCAAUGAUUUGCCUUCGUAUGCACUGUUGUAUUCUAGAAAGUGUAAAAUAGCUUGCUGUAUAAUUGCCUGAUUUAAAGCAAAAAUUGUAAACUGACAAAAAGGGUUAGUUUAAUAAAAAAAAAAAAAUAUCAACUAUCUUGUAUGUUAAUACCUAAUCUCACUUUAAACUUAUACCAUAUUUAUUCCAGAAUUUUUUCCUCCCAGUUUUGUGGAGGAUUUUAAUAUUGGGUUAUAAUGAUUAGUCUUAUUUCUUAAGGCUGGAUUUUGUCUGGUAUAACUUGAAGUGAAUUACAUUAGAAGAGCCUAGUCAAAGACUGAUGACCUUUGUAGGCUUAAAUGUGUAUCAAUCAAGUAGGUUCAGUUUUGUUAAAUUGACUAUUCAAAGUCUCUCUUAAAGAAUAAAGCUUUUGAAUAUUUUCUUUCCCUCUUACGACAAUGCAUAAAUUUUAUCAAGUGCCUUUCUCCUGUAAUUAUUAUUACUGUACAUGAACGAACAGUGAUUUAUUGUGCUAAGUUAUUGUUCUACAGGUCAUAACAAAUCAUUGUAAGAUUUGGGGUUUGGAUACACAGGUGAAACCCUCCAUGAGUGCUUGUUGCAAAGUCUGAUGCAAAUUUUUUUAAAUGAAGUAUAAUAUCUUGUUUUUACUAGCAGUUUAAACAUACCUAACUCUGCCUAGUUGUCUCCCAUUGAUCACUGACUAGCCCAUAUACUCAUUAUUUUCUGCUCUGUAUGCUGGUUAAAUUUUUCAAUGUGUUAAUGGUUCAGUUUAUCAUCAGCAAGUGCCAACCAUGUUAUUGUGAUCACAUGGAAAUUCUUCCAAAUGAUGCAUGUGAUAUUUGUGUAGACUACCUCUUUGUCUUUACAUGGAAAUGUAUUGCAAGUGGUUCCUUCUAUAACAAAUACUUGGCCGAGUGUGUUUUUAAUCGUAGUAAUUUUCAAGCUCGUGUAUCCAGACCCUCACUGUGCAUUGGUCUUGCCACCUUGUCUGUAAUUAUCUACAAUAGUGUAGUCAUGUUUCAGAAAUCUUAAAUAAUAAUAGCAAAUAUUUAAGAAAUAAAGAUAUUUUAUAGUUAUAAUAAA